CUCCACACGACUCGAACCCUAUAUAUCCAAAAAACCCAUCGUCAAUUCUCUCGCCCUCAGCUUUGCCUUCCUGCAAUCACUCCCAACAAAUCCUUUUGCUUUCAGGCCAUUCUCUCACUCUAACCGCCGCCGUUGAGGAUGUCGGACGAGGAGCAUCAGUUCGAAUCAAAGGCCGACGCCGGCGCCUCCAAGACUUACCCCCAGCAGGCCGGCACCAUCCGUAAGAACGGUUACAUUGUUAUCAAGGGCCGCCCCUGCAAGGUUGUGGAGGUCUCAACUUCCAAAACUGGAAAGCACGGUCAUAGACUAUUAACAAUGAAAUAACUAAAUCCAUAGGUGAGCUUGCUGACUGACAAUGGUAAUACCAAGGAUGAUCUCCGUCUUCCUACUGAUGAGGCUCUCCUUGCCCAGAUCAAGGAUGGGUUUGCUGAAGGGAAGGACCUUGUUGUGAGUGUUAUGUCUGCAAUGGGGGAGGAGCAGAUCUGCGCUCUCAAGGAUAUCGGUCCCAAGUAGUGUGGGAUUGCUAUGAUCUGAUAAUUAUAGUUUUCUAAAUGAUGGGAGGAUCAUUUUCAAUCGUAUGAUUCAGAAUAGUUUUAGACUGGAUUGUUGAUGGUUGUGUCCUCGACGAUGAAGGAGGCCACUUUCCUAUUGUUAGGAUGGCUAUUAUGUUUCUUUUCCUCUUUCCAUUUUUGUUUCUGCUUGAACUGCUGUCAUGUUUUAUUACCGUGUGGGAUUUUAGAUUUGAUAUGUUGGAAACUGGAUUCUUCUCAUGUUGUUAUAUAUAUGUGGUGAAUCAAGAUUAAUUGUGAUGGAUUUUACAUUGUAAUCAUCACAUUGUGAAAUAAGAUGGCUGGUGUUUUUAUUA